UCCGACCAAAUGUCUGAUAAUCAGGAUCACUUUGAUCACAUUGUGCUGGAUCACUGUUUAACUGGACAGUAGAAAUGCUUCUUGAUGCUGAUUGGCUGUUUCUAAAUAUCUCUUUGAAAUCUGCUGUAGAAUUUCUCUCCGAAUUAAAGAACAAUGAUUUCAGAAAGAUUUCCCUGUAAUAUUGUUCAUGUUUCUCAAGUAGAAUCAGCAGCAGUCUGAUUGUAGUCUGAGCUCACAUCAUCAGUGAAACAUGCAGGGUGUGUCUCUCAUUUCAAGACUUGAAGACACAGACCUUAAUUUUCUCUUGGCACCCAGAAAACCGCCAAAUGCAGUUUAUUCUUCAGCAUAUAACAAGCGUUCAGUGUUUAGACUUUCUAACUAAUUUAAAUUCUAAAGUGUCCUGAGAUGUAAAGCUUGUUGUAAUGAAUGAGUGCAGCUCUCUCAGCAUGUUGUUGUGUUUGUGUGAAGGUGUGGGCUCUGCUAUGAAUCAGUGUGAGGACAGAGAGGAGGGAGUCCCUCCCUCUAAAAGCACUCUGUGUGGGGAACAUGACAGCCAGACCAAAGCUCAGAGCCCAGAGCAGCAGCAGGGACCAGACUCUGCUGGACCUGGACCUGGACCUGGACCUGGAUCCAGCUGUGUGUCUGUGAAGAGUGAUCGGUCUAUGGAGCCUCCUCUUGCUUUUAAAGGACAAUGCGGGAUCCAUGAGCAGAGACCUGAACCCAGCUGUGUGUUCAUGAAGAGUGACCAGUCCAUGGGCAGACCUAUUGAGUUGAAAGAUGGACAGCAUUCUGAUAGUCAAGGGAUCCAACAGCAGAGUCCAGUCUACCCUGCACCCAACUGUGUUUCCAUGAAAAGUGACCACUUCAUCCGUUUCUAUUCCAAGAUACAAGAAAAGCAUUUUGACAAAGUUAAGCGGCAGGGCUCAAAGGAUCCCAGAGGUCAAUCUGCUCAGCAGCAUCAAGCACACCUGGACUCCAUAUUCAUGCUGCUCCAGGAAAACAUUGUCAGUUUUGUGAAGAACGAGGUGAAGAAGUUCCAGAGAGUUCUGGGUCCAGAUUACCCAGAAUGCUUAGAGAGUCAGAGGGAGGAUGAGGAGGUGUUGGACGGUGAGGAGGAGGAGCAGAGGAGGAGCAGCAGAGAGGCAUUUCUGAAGAUCACACUGCACUUCCUGAGGAGAAUGAAGCAGGAGGAGCUGGCUGAGCGUCUGCAGAGCAGAACUGUUGCUCCAGUGUGCCGACGUAAACUCAAGUCUAACCUGAAGAAGAAGUUCCAGUGUGUGUUUGAGGGGAUUGCUAAAGCAGGAAACCCAACCCUUCUGAACCAGAUCUACACAGAGCUCUACAUCACAGAGGGAGGGACUGCAGAGGUCAAUGAUGAACAUGAGGUCAGACAGAUUGAAACAGCAUCCAGGAAACCAGACAGACCAGAAACCACCAUCAGACAAGAAGACAUCUUUAAAGCCUCACCUGGAAGAGAUGAACCAAUCAGAACAGUGAUGACAAAGGGAGUGGCUGGCAUUGGGAAAACAGUCUUAACACAGAAGUUCACUCUGGACUGGGCUGAAGACAAAGCCAACCAGGACAUACAGUUCACAUUUCCAUUCACUUUCAGAGAGCUGAAUGUGCUGAAAGAGAAAAAGUACAGCUUGGUGGAACUUGUUCAUCACUUCUUUCCUGAAACCAAAGAAGCAGGAAUCUGCAGCUUUGAAGAGUUCCAGGUUGUGUUCAUCUUUGACGGUCUGGAUGAGUGUCGACUUCCUCUGGACUUCCACAACAAUGAGGUCCUGACUGAUGUUACAGAGUCCACCUCAGUGGAUGUGCUGCUGACAAACCUCAUCAGGGGGAACCUGCUUCCCUCUGCUCGCCUCUGGAUAACCACACGACCUGCAGCAGCCAAUCAGAUCCCUCCUGAGUGUGUUGACAUGGUGACAGAGGUCAGAGGGUUCACUGACCCACAGAAGGAGGAGUACUUCAGGAAGAGAUUCAGAGAUGAGGAGCAGGCCAGUAGAAUCAUCUCCCACAUCAAGACAUCACGAAGCCUCCACAUCAUGUGCCACAUCCCAGUCUUCUGCUGGAUCACUGCUACAGUUCUAGAGGAGGUGUUGGAGACCAGAGAGGGAGGAGAGCUUCCCAAGACCUUGACUGAGAUGUACAUCCACUUCCUGGUGGUUCAGUCCAAACUGAAGAACACCAAGUAUGAUGGAGGAGCUGAGACAGAUCCACACUGGAAUAAAAAGAGCAGGGAGAUGAUUGAGUCUCUGGGAAAACUGGCUUUUGAGCAGCUGCAGAAAGGCAACCUGAUCUUCUAUGAAUCCGACCUGACAGAGUGUGGCAUCGAUAUCAGAGCAGCCUCAGUGUACUCAGGAGUGUUCACACAGAUCUUUAAAGAGGAGAGAGGGCUGUACCAGGACAAGGUGUUCUGCUUCGUCCAUCUGAGUGUUCAGGAGUUUCUGGCUGCUCUUCAUGUCCAUCUGACCUUCAUCAACUCUGGUGUCAAUCUGCUGGCCGAAGAACAAUCAAACACCCGGCAGUCUAAAGUCUCCAGAGACAAACCUAAACUAAUACAUCUCUACCAGAGUGCUGUGGACAAGGCCUUACAGAGUCCAAAUGGACACCUGGACUUGUUCCUUCGCUUCCUCCUGGGUCUUUCACUGCAGACCAAUCAGAAUCUCCUACGAGGUCUGAUGACAGAGACAAGAAAAAGCUCAAAGACCAGUCAGAAAACAAUUGAGGUAAUCAAGAAAGAGAUCACUGAGGAUCUGUCUCCAGAGAGAAGCAUCAAUCUGUUCCACUGUCUGAAUGAACUGAAUGAUCGUUCUCUAGUGGAGGAGAUCCAACAGUCCCUGAGAUCAGGACGUCUCUACACAAAUAAACUCUCUCCUGCUCAGUGGUCUGCUCUGGUCUUCAUCUUACUGUCAUCAGAAAAAGAUCUGGACGUGUUUGACCUGAAGAAAUACUCUGCUUCAGAGGAGGCUCUUCUGAGGCUGCUGCCGGUGGUCAAAGCCUCCAACAAAGCUCUGUUGGGUGGCUGUAACCUCUCAGGGAGAAGCUGUGAAGCUCUGUCCUCAGUUCUCAGUUCCCAGUCCUCUAGUCUGAGAGAGCUGGACCUGAGUAACAACAACCUGCAGGAUUCAGGAAUGAAGCUGCUGUCUGCUGGACUGGAGAGUCCCCACUGUAAACUGGAAACUCUCAGAGUUUAUGAUGUUUUCCUGAUUCCAGGCUGUCAGAUCACAGAGGAAGGCUGUGCUUCCCUGGCCUCAGCUCUGAGCUCCAACCCCUCCCAUCUGAGAGAGCUGGAUCUGAAUCUAGACGUGUUUGACCUGAAGAAAUACUCUGCUUCAGAGGAGGCUCUUCUGAUGCUGCUGCCAGUGGUCAAAGUCUCAAAGAAAGCUCUGUUGAGUGGCUGUAACCUCUCAGAGAGAAGCUGUGAAGCUCUGUCCUCAGUUCUCAGCUCCCAGUCCUCUAGUCUGAGAGAGCUGGACCUGAGUUACAACAACCUGAAGGAUUCAGGAGUGAAGCUGCUGUCUGCUGGAAUCACGAGUCCACACUGGAAACUGGAAACUCUCAGGCUGUCAGGCUGUCUGAUCACAGAGGAAGGCUGUGCUUCCCUGGCCUCAGCUCUGAGCUCCAGCCCCUCCAAUCUGAGAGAGCUGGACCUGAGUAAGAACGACCUGCAGGAUUCAGGAGUGAAGCUGCUGUCUGUUGGACUCGAGAGUCCACACUGUACACUGGAAACUCUCAGGCUGUCAGGGUGUCUGAUCACAGAGGAAGGCUGUGCUUCUCUGGCCUCAGCUCUGAGCUCCAACCCCUCCUACCUGAAAGAGCUGGACCUGAGCUACAAUCAUCCAGGAGACUCCGGGGUUAAGCUGAUGUCUGCUGGAUUGGAGGAUCCACACUGGAGACUGGACACUCUCAGGGUGGACCAUGGUGGAGAACAGUGGUUAAAACCUGGUCUGAGGAAGUAUUUCUGUGAACUGACAUUGGACACAAACACAGCAAACACAAACCUGAAACUGUCUGACAACAGGAAGGUGACAUGGGUGAGAGAGGAGCAGCCAUAUCCUGAUCAUCCAGAGAGAUUUGACUGCUGUCCUCAGGUGCUGUGUGGAAAUGGUCUGACUGGUCGCUGUUACUGGGAGGUCGAGUGUAGAGGAGAGGUUUAUAUAUCAGUGAGUUACAGAGGAAUCAAAAGGAGAGGAGAGAGUAAAGACUGUGGGUUUGGAAUGAAUGAUCAGUCCUGGAGUCUGUACUGCUCUGAUGGUCGUUACUCUGUCUGGCACAAUAACAGAGGAACAUCCCUCCUUCUCUCCUCCUCCUCCUCUAACAGAGUAGCAGUGUAUGUGGACUGUCCUGCUGGCACUCUGUCCUUCUACAGAGUCUCCUCUGACACACUGAUCCACCUCCACACCUUCAACACCACAUUCACUGAACCUCUUUAUCCUGGUUUUGGGUUCUGGUCCUCUGGUUCCUCAGUGUCUCUGUGUUCUCUGUAGGAGGGAGACAACUUCCAAUCCUGUGGUUUAAAUGUUGGUGGUGGACGAGGCUUCACUUUGGUUAACAUCUGACUCACUGAUUGUGCUUUUAAUGUCAGAAAUGUGUUUUCUUCGAAAUGGUGAAAUGAUCUCAGGGCUGAACUUGUUGUGUACAAACUGUGUUGACUUUGAUUUUCACUUUAAUAAAGUUUUCUUGGAGCAGCAUCUAGUAGCUGCUGAUGGCUGCA